AUGUCGGUGAUGAAGCAUCCGAACAAGAAGCUCAAGAUCUUGGUAAAGAUUCUGCCUCGCCGCAGUUCAGCUCUUGCCUUCGUACUUUCAACCGGAGAUAUGGCUGACAUGCUACACAAAGCUAUUGGAGCAAUGUCGAUUGAAGAGGAAACACCACUCACGCUACCCGAUGAACCAAGAUUUAGGGUUAUUGAUGAGAAUGAACUUAGUAUUCUGGGACGUCUGUUGAACUCAGAGUGUCAAUCCAUGGCGAGAAUGAUUUACUACAUGCCUACUGCCUGGAGAGUCUACGGACGUGUUCGUGGAAUUGCGUUCUCUAGGGACCGCUUUCAGUUCGUUUUCCAACGAGAAGAGGAUCUGGUUACUGUGCUGAAGGAUAGACCCUGGUCCUAUAAUCAUUGA